GAUCUAAUUACUCUACACUAAAAUUAGAAAAUUUGCAGCAACAGAAUUAGAGAAACGGUCCCCUUAAGAUAGAACCGUCUACACGUUUAAAUUCCAUUAACGCUGAGUUAGAUUUUUCAAAAAAAAUGAAGAGUGGUUAGGGAGGAGAAGAGUGAGAGAAAAGGACAAGCAUAUCGUUGGCAUAAUAUCCCAUUUGACUAUACUGAAAAAGUUAGCAGACAUGACACCAAUCGCCAUCUCCACAAGCACUAGAUGUGCUAUAAAACCUCUAUCACUCCCCAUUUUCUCUUCCAAUUUCCUUCUCCUAGAUGGAAAACUGCUAUUGGCCGCAUGAUGCACCGCCAUGGCUCCUAUCCCCCGCCGCCGCCGCCGACGACAGAGCCGCCUCCGCUUCUAGAAGCCACAGCGAAGCAGAGAAGCGGCGCAGGGACCGAAUCAAUGCGCAGCUCUCCACUCUCCGGAAGCUCAUCCCCAAAUCCGAAAAGAUGGACAAGGCAGCUCUGUUAGGGCACGUGGUGGAUCACGUGAAGGAGCAGAGGCAGAGAGCGAAGGAAGCGAGCAAGAGCAGCAGCAGCAUGCCGAGCGAGAUCGACGAAGUGAUCAUCGACCAGCACCACGAAUCGGAGCACAUCAAGGCAUCAAUCUGCUGCGACGAUCGCCCCGAGCUCUUCGCGGAGCUCAAGGCGGCGCUGAAGCCGUUAGAAGCCACCAUUCUCGAAGCCGAGGUGACGAGCUUGGGAGGCAGAAUCAAGGCCAAUUUCAUCAUAUCUGCUGCAAUGGCGAACCAACACACGCUCAAAAUGGCCUUGACCCGACUCCUCAUCUCGUCCGGAUCCGGAUCGUCCGGUUACGGCACCCGGAGCAAGAGGCAGAGGUUCUUCUAUCCCACUUCGCGUUGAGUUGAACUAAUUUAUUUCUUUCUUUAUUAUUUUUAUUAAAUUAAUUAAUUAAUUAAUUAAUCCAUCAAUUAUAGUUUAGUGUGUGAUAUGAAAUGAAAGGUACACUUCUCCUUUAUGUACCUAAUCAUGGAGAAAUGUACGUGUUUGGUCUAUAUAGUGUGUUUGAGUGAAGUAGGAGGAUUCUUUCUUAAUAUUUGCCUAAUUAAUAAUUGUGGGGAAAAGAAGAUUUUCCACAAUAGGGGGGGAAAUGAUAUUGGUCGAGGGAAAUAGGAAAAAAAAAUAGUGUGGAAUAUUUGGAAAUUUGGAAUUUGUCGGACAUCGCUAAUUUUGCAAAUAUUUGUUGGACACCAACUCAGUUGAGUUGAUGAGUUGUACACGUAUCACAUGUACGAAUUUUACAAGCAUUUAAUUAAGUUUUUUAAUCA